UACAUUGACAUUUGACACACUCACUCACAUUUGACAGUUUUGUACUUUGUAAACACGCGAGAAAUUUUGUUUUUGUAAAAGCAAUAAAGUUUUUAACUUUACUAUUUAUAAGCCGGAAUGGUUGUGGCAAUUGGAUUCGAAGGAAGUGCCAAUAAACUAGGCAUCGGUAUCGUACGCGAUGGUGAAAUUCUCGCGAAUUGCAGAAGGACAUACAUCACACCACCGGGUGAAGGGUUCCUUCCAAGAGAAACAGCAGAGCAUCAUCAGCAAAACAUCCAUGCAGUGCUUGAAGAAGCGCUGCAGCAGUCUGGACUGAAGCCUGAAGAAAUAGAUGUAGUAUGCUACACCAAGGGUCCUGGGAUGGGAGCACCUCUAAUGGUCUGCGCGAUCGUCGCUAGAACUUGCGCAAAAUUAUGGAAGAAGCCAAUUUUAGGUGUAAACCACUGCAUCGGACAUAUUGAAAUGGGUAGACUAAUAACCAAGGCAAACAACCCUACAGUGCUGUAUGUGAGUGGAGGUAACACACAGAUUAUUGCUUAUUCCAGGAAGAGGUACAGGAUAUUUGGGGAGACCAUAGAUAUUGCUGUCGGUAACUGUCUCGAUAGAUUUGCGCGUGUAUUGAAAUUAUCAAAUGCCCCAAGCCCUGGUUACAACAUUGAACAAGCUGCUAAAAAAGGAAAAAAAUAUCUACAUUUACCAUAUUCUGUCAAGGGAAUGGAUGUAAGCUUCUCAGGAAUUCUUUCAUACAUGGAGGACAAGAUUGAUGAGUUACUAAAAGAUUAUACUCCAGAUGAUCUUUGUUAUUCACUUCAAGAGACAGUAUUUGCUAUGCUAGUGGAGAUCACAGAAAGAGCGAUGGCACACUGUGGGUCUGAUGAAGUAUUAAUAGUAGGCGGCGUGGGAUGCAAUGAACGUCUGCAAGAGAUGAUGGGCGUGAUGUGCGCUGAACGUGGUGCUAAAGUGUUUGCAACGGACGAGCGUUUCUGCAUCGACAACGGAGUGAUGAUAGCACACGCCGGCGCGGUCGCGUUUGAGUCAGGGGUCAGGAUGGACUUCUCGGAUGCAACUAUAACGCAGCGGUAUAGGACGGAUGAUGUCUUGGUUACGUGGAGAGACGAUUAAAUGAUUUUUUCUAGUAAAA